AUGAGAAAGAAAGAUAUCGUCCGGAUCCUCCUUAUGCACAUGGCAGUUUGCCAUCGGCCGCAGCUGCUUGUGCGGAAGACAAAACAGGAACAGGCUAAGAGACAUUUUAUUCCAAUAGCCACCUCCUGGAUUCCAGAAAAGGAGAGAAGAAGGAUUAGAGCAGCCUUUCCGGUUUUUGAAGAUCAGAAUCAGCAGAGAUACCAUCAAAGUUUAGACUUGAAACAAGAGCAAGAAAAUCCGAUCUGGGUACCAACAAGAUUGACAAGAAUAGUGAAGGAUGGAGAAAAAGAAAAUCCGGAUCCAGAGGCUGUGGAUGUCAAUGUUUCUGAUAUUAAUUCUUUGGACUCCCAUAAGGAGCAGCCUACCUCUGUGGGCAAUAGUGAGAACAUGGCCCGUUCCAAUGCCUCUGCAGUGACUGCAGGUAUUGCCAUGGCCAAUCAAGUGCAAACAGCCUCAAUUAUUAGUCAUAUUACUGAAAAGGCAUCCGAUGCACUUGAGACAGUGAAGAGAACUGAUGCUCAUUUGUCCUCAGGGGUCUUACUGGUCAAUCAGCGCAUUGACUUAUUACAACAACAAUUACAAGCGCUUGGAGAUGUCAGUUUCGAUGAUGUGCAUGUGAACUUCACUGCAGAAGAGUGGAAUUUGCUGGAUCCUUCCCAGAAAAAUCUCUACAAAGAUGUGAUGCUGGAGACCUACUGGAACCUCACUGCUAUUGGCAUGAAAGAAGUCAUACUGAAGAGAAACCUUAUGAACGUAACCAAUGUGGUAAAGCCUUUUCAUAUCACAGUAGUCUCCAAAGACAUAAAACAACACAUACUGGAGAGAAACCUUAUGAAUGUAAUCAAUGUGGUAAAGCCUUUUCACGUCACAGUCAUCUCCAAAGUCAUAAAAAAACACAUACUGGAGAGAAACCUUUUAAAUGUAAAAUGUGGUAAAGCCUUUUCACAACACAGUAGUCUCCAAUAUCAUAAAAGAACACAUACUGGAGAGAAACCUUAUGAAUGUAAUCAAUGUGGUAAAGCCUUUUCAUGUCACAGUAGUCUCCAAAGUCAUAAAAGAACACAUACUGGAGAGAAACCUUAUGAGUGUAAUCAAUGUGGUAAAGCCUUUUCACAAAAAGGUAAUCUCCAAAGUCAUAAAAGUACACAUCUUGGAGAGAAGCCUCAUGAAUGUAAUCAAUGUGGUAAAGCCUUUUCACAACACAGUCAUCUCCAAUAUCAUAAAAGAACACAUACUGGAGAGAAACCUUAUGAAUGUAAUCAAUGUGGUAAAGCCUUUUCACAACACAGUAGUCUCCAAUAUCAUAAAAGAACACAUACUGGAGAGAAACCUUAUGAAUGUAAUCAAUGUGGUAAAGCCUUUUCGCGUCACAGUCAUCUCCAAAUCCAUAAAAGAACACAUACUGGAGAGAAGCCUUAUGAGUGUAAUCAAUGUGGUAAAGCCUUUUCACAACACAGUAGUCUCCAAUAUCAUAAAAGAACACAUACUGGAGAGAAGCCUUAUGAAUGUAAUCAAUGUGGUAAAGCCUUUUCACAACACAGUAGUCUCCAAAGUCAUAAAAGAACACAUACUGGAGAGAAACCUUAUGAAUGUAAUCAAUGUGGUAAAGCCUUUUCACAUCACAGUCAUCUCCAAAGACAUAAAAGAACACAUACUGGAUAGAAACCUUAUGAAUGU